UGAUGAUCUACGCAUUCAUACUCUCCUCCAGAACGGACGAUGACGUCGAGAGCUUUGGGUUUGGUCAGGUUCCCCAUUAUCACGGUUGUCAUUGUUAUUAUUAUGCUCCCCGUUCCAACUUCAUACUUCCCGGGAGUCUCCAACGCUUCGUUCCGGAUGACAAUGGAUGACACCCGGUAGGAUGAGCCCGGUGACAGCAUGCAAUACGAAGGAGUAGGCUUAUAUUUUGAGUUUUAUCGGCGUGGAGGAUCCUGCACUGGCCAAGAACUUCGUAUCUGCCACAUCUCAUGAUCGUCUUGAUCGAGUCACGGCGAUCUCCGUGAGGUACUGCGCUGCAUGUCCAGUGAGCGUACACGGAGUACACGGAAUACGGAGGAGAUAGAUGCACCCACGGCUUCCUUUUCUGUUUUGGUGCUCACCCCUUUCGAGCACACGCUGCUGCUCCCUAGCAUGGGGCAAGUGAAGAAGUACGCCACUCAUAGGAGUCUGGAUGCGCAUGCCGGCUUUAUAUCCGAAUAGGAACAUGGACUGUGCAUAAUCUAGAUGCAGCUACUAUAAAUACCCGGGAACAAUGGGCAACCAUGGCUACAGUGAUUGUUGGCUUGGUACUGGACUGGGGAAACUAUUUAUACUACCAAGGGAAUUGGCUUAUUUAGGAGUAAGCACUCCCAUCUCUCAACUUCUACUCCCAGUCGUGAGGAGCUGCCAUGAGCAUCCCAUGCGGAACAUCCUCUGGCCAUUCUUCUCAAGCAAACACUCGUGCGCCCCUCCUCAACACUCUACUGGGGCUGUGGUAAUACCAAGAUAUCGAAGCGCCAUGAGUUCUGGGACUGCAGGUGGUGCUGCUGCUGCCCUAUAUGCUGCGACUGUUAGUACACCAGCCAUUUUAGGUGCAGUGCCGGAUACAGUGAGUGAAAAGAGCCACUGGUUGAGAGAUAAGACUGGCAAAGGAGAAGCCAAGGGCUUUGUGAAUCCAUGGGAGAGCUCCCAUGACUUCUCUUUUCCUGAAAUAUUCAAGGCCAUGGUCCAACACAAAUUCUUCUCUGGAAACAGCCAGAGGCCUGAUACCACACCACCAACUGUCUCGGUCACCAAACCCAAGUUCCUCCCAUCGAGAACCAGCUCGCAAGCUCUGCGUGCAAUAUGGCUAGGACACGCAUGUUCCUACAUUGAGUUUCCCUCUGGUCUGCGCGUUCUCUUUGAUCCCGUAUUCGAAGACCGCUGCUCCCCCUUCUCCUGGCUGGGCCACAAGAGAUUCACCCCCAGGCCCUGCGACAUCUCCGAUAUUCCAAUUAUCGACUGUGUUAUCAUAAGCCACUCCCAUUACGACCAUCUUUCCCACCCCAGCAUCCUCGAAAUCCACAAACAUCACCCCUUCGUCCAAUUCUGUGUCCCGAAGGGCCUCAAAAAGUGGUUCGCAGACUGCGGCAUCAAGAACGCCGUCGAGCUCGAUUGGUGGGAGGACGUUGACCUCACCUUGUCCAAGCCGGCAGGCGAAAGCCCUCCGACGUCUGGUCCCGCCUCAACUCACGACAUUACGGCGAGGGUUUCUUGUCUCCCUUGCCAACAUACAUCUGCGCGUACUCCCCUAGACAAAUCAAUCACACUGUGGGCUUCUUGGUCGGUUUCUUCGGGCGGCAAGUCAGUCUACUUCGCCGGUGACACGGGCUAUCGCGCAGUUCCACUCGUGCCUAAGGAAGUCGACGACUGGGGCUCGGAGUUUGCCUAUCUCCCGAUCUGCCCUGCUUUCAAGCAAAUCGGCCAACUUCGCGGUCCCUUUGACCUGGGGCUGAUUCCGAUCGGGGCGUAUCAGCCACGGCAUGUUUUGAGUCCCGUGCAUUCGAAUCCGUAUGAUUCCGUGGAGAUCUUCAAGGAUACGAAAUGUAAGAAAGCAAUGGGAAUUCACUGGGGGACGUGGGCGAUCGCGGAGGAGAGUGUUCUGGAGCCGCCACAAUUACUUAAGAAAGCAAUGGCUAAGAGUGGACUGCCUGAGACCGGGGUUUUUGAUGUCUGUGGUAUUGGCGAGAGCAGGGAGUUUUGAGGCUUUGGCGGGAAAGAAGAUUUCUACUGUCUGGGUAUUAGAAUAUAAGACGGUUGCAGGCAGCGGUGAUGCUUGUUUAUUGCAGGGCAUUAUUACCCUGGGAAGAGAAUCCGAUAGAUACCUAGUGCUGGCAUGUCCUCGAUGCUUGUUUUGUUGGAAAGAAGUUGGUCUGAGCCGUUUCGAGUACACUGAAUGUAUUUCUCGGAGAAAGAGCGACAAGCCCUAAAAAGAAAACCUCCGGUCCGUCGGGACGUUCAUAAGAUGGCAAAACUACCACUGUAGCUCUCGCUCGCACACCAUCAGCUGGCAUCCCUCCUGCAAACCAGGGCCUGGGCCAGAGUCGUGACAGAUCCCCAGGCCGUCAAAUCGACUCUCCUCCUCGAGAACGAAGACAACAGGAGGAACGAUGAGUCGGUGCCGGUGGCAUUGGUAGACCUGGUAUUCUGCUUGUGGGAAGGGGUGGAAGGGGAAGGCAAAAGUUGAAGUCUCCCCAGGUACUUUGGAAUUACUUACAGACAAAUCAAUGAUCACAUGACGAUGUUUUUGGGUUAGUGAGCCUGGGUACUUUUGACCCCCAUCUUUCGACCAGGUAGGUCGGGAGCGCAAGGUCUCUAGCCCUCCGCUCUAAUGCCCUCGACCUGAAGCCCCAGGCGGAUCUCCAGAGAAGGCUUCAGACCUG